AUGACUACCAACAUCCCUGAGAUCCUCCUACUCUGCAUGGACAAGGACUUCAUAACAGCCUUCAACGAUGCCCUCAACACAACCUGGCCAGACCACAACCCAGAAAAACUAAAGAUCACCCCAAUACACGAGCGCCUAAACACCCUUCCAGAAGGAACAACCUUCGACCUAAUCGUCUCGCCAGCAAACUCCUACGCCCACCUCGACGGAGCCUUCGACCACGCCAUCUCCAAGACCUUCAGCCCACGAGAGGACUACCACGCUCUGACACGCGCAGCUCAAACAGUCCUUUACGAGAAAUGGCGCGGUUUUGCGCCACCGGGCUCGUGCACGCUUGUUGAGUUCCCGGAUGACCUGAAGCAGAAUAAAUACGGCUGUGGAUGGGUGGCUAUUUGUCCGACGAUGCGUGAGCCUGGGAAUGUGCGCUGGGAUAGGGAGAUUGUCUAUGAGUGUGUUUGGAGCUUGUUGUGUCAGGUUGAGGGGCAUAAUCGUGCAACGGAGGGGGUGGGGAGGAUUGGCAGGAUUCUUAUGACGCCGUUGGCUACGGGGGUCGGGAAGGUUAGUAAGGAGCGCUGGGCGGUGCAGACGGUGCUCGCGCUGAGGCAGUUUGUUGAUGCUGUCGAGAGGCCUGAGAGGUGGGGAAAGCUUGGGUGGGAGGAGAUUGAGAAGGAGUCUCUUGAGGUCGUGAGGACUUGGGCGUUGUGA